CGCGCCGCGCCGCUGAGGGCGGCGAUGCUGCCCCGGCGCGGGACCUUCGCGCUCCGCGCCCGAGGUAAGAAGAACCCACCUGCUGAGGACACAGUCGUGCUAACACACAUGAAGAUACUGAGCAAUGAAGGAAUUCAAAACCCAGGGUUAAUCUCUGAGCCUCCAGAUGAAACAGACUGCACAGAAAGAUCCCGUCUCCCUGGCAUCAGCCUCCCACCGGAGAGCCAGGGAAACCUGAAUGCAGCAGCCACACCAGCAAAUCCGGAUUAUGGAGAUACCCAGGCGAGCACAGACUAUGUAGCCACACUGCCUGAACUGAGCGCCUUUGAGCCCAAGGGUCGACUUCACAGAUUCUCCAAAUUUGAAUCAGAGGACUCGGGGGUUGAACUGCCUAGUGGGGCUAAUUCUCCAUCAACRCCAACAGGUUCAGAGAAGAGCUUUGUGCUUCACAGCAGAGACUCAUUUUGUGACUCUGGGGUGCUUAGCACCUCUUCUUCUCCUGAGAUUGACCACCUGAUAAUGCGAACAUGUAAAGAGCGGGUCAGAACAGCUAGUCACCAUAGGCCAGAGAGUGAAAAGCAAGCUGAGGACUACAACCAGGAGGCAGAUGAUGUGCACGUCCCCACAACUUCCCCUGAGGACAUCUGUGUUCCUCAGGAAGGAGGAGGUCCCAAACAACAUUUUGACCAAAGUAAAAGGCAAUCUCURGAAAAACAACCUACCCAAGAGACAGACCUUCCCAGGGAAAACACACUUCCUAACCCAGCUCCUUUAGAAGAGACAAAGACAAUUGCUGAGCAUUACCCAGAGACCUUUGGCAGUGGGCAAGACCUUCAGAUCCAUGAACAUCAGCUGAAAAAGUACCCCACAAGUGACAGUCUGGAUGAAUACAUGGAUGAAUGCUGUAGACUGAGCGAGGUGAACCAGGGGAACAGCAAAGCCCUGGGAUCUGGCCUGGGAUACUUGGAGCACAUUUGCCAACUGAUUGAGAAGAUUGGGCAACUACAGGAGCACAAUUUGCGGCUCCAAAAGCAGGUGUGCAGCUUGCAGAAAGAGCAGAAGAUGAGCCAGAUAAAGGAGGAGUACCUUCUGCAGCACUGCUCCUGUGGAGCUGCCAGCGUCUUCCUCAACUCGUACCAAGAGGUAAAGCCUUUUUUUACUGGGAGGAGCAGACCCCACAGCCUCUUGGUUCAGACUGGAAACCCUUCAGAUCUUUCCAUCAUUCCAGAAAUAGGAGCGAACAUUGAAAAGCUGAGCAGCUGCAGUGGAAAUGAGAGAUACCCGGAAUCAGGAAACAGCCAGCUGAUGGCAGGGCUCAGGAAGUCAUCAAACAAUAGGAGCAACAAGGAAAACGAGUUCAGAGAAGCCUGUGGCGUGGCUGAGGGACMAGCUUUUCCAUCAAAGGACACCGCAGUAAGGAAGGGUCUGGACAUCAGUAAGAACAUCUCGGGAGAAAGCCAUGCUUGGGGAAGAGUGAGAGAUCUAAUGAGGAAGACACGGCUGAGAAACCAGAGCAAGCUGGGGCUGUCCUCUGCUGCUCUGAAGAGGUCCUGCCCACAGCUGUACAGGCCAGAUACUAUGUCUUUAGAGCUGAGGAAAACUGAGAGGAACUCCAUGAUUGUUCUUGGACAAAAUACGAAGAAUGAAAACAUAUGGCCUUUCUGAUAACCCAAAUCAAAGGGAACAAGAAAGGAAAGAGCAGGAGCACCAGUGGACACAAAUGAAGAUGCCAGGGUUACUUUGUGCAAGCUGCAUCCUACAGCAGUUGACAUGGCAACUCUGGUUUGAUGUUGAAAGAGAAGAGCAAGAGCAGUGAGGUGAAGAGAGGUUUGUGGAAGGACAUGUACUUGACUAUGCACAGCUUCACUCCCAACUCAGAAGUAUACUUACAGAAAUCAAGACACAUGAAAACUCUGGUCAGCAUUUCAGCAACAUAGCCAAUAGGGCCUCUUCAAUAAGAUCUGGCAACUCUUUCUCUGCUCCGGAUUGGGGCCUGAACAACCUGAAGUACUGAAGCUUUUAAGUUAUGGAGUUUUGGAGAUUUAAGCUUAUUUCAGAUGGAGAAGACUUAUAGGAGACAACAGUGCCAGGAGAAGUGCUAGAAGGGUAGCAACACUUGAUGGGGCAAAUUGCUUCCUCCCUCAGGAGGUUUGAGGUACAGUCUCUGYUCACACCUACAGCAGCUCCUGUCCUUAGAGCUGCACCAGCCAGCAGUGCAGACCGGGGGGCAUCCAACAGAAAAAAAAUAAGUCUGUGAAGCAAAGACCUCCUGAGAGGCCAUUCCUAAAUCCACCCUUUGCUUCUAAUUCUGCAAGGCUGCUUCUUWUGUGAAGGUCCCUUAACUUUAGUACUGCCCUGUGCAAAAACAGGCUUCAGGGAAGACUCAUUGCAGCAAGCACUGCAGGGGCACUGUGGGUCUUCUGAGA